AUGUUUGAUGGUUUAUUGAUGAUUAUACAGCAUGGCUUGUCAGCAUUUCAGAUCAUUGUGGAAUCUGAUUCUCUCACUCUUGUUCAAAUGGAAGCUAAUGGCCUUGCUGAUUUUUUAGCUUCCUUUGCUGUCCAGAACAGAAGAGAUACUGAAUUCACAGAUGGCACUGGGAUACCUAAAGCUGGAAGGGCUAUUCUACAGCAAGAUCAGAGUGGAUUAUCUACUACAGGGUAUAGGCUGAUGAUCAGCGCAAUUCUCUGCUCUGCUGCUGCUGUUCUACUAGCAUUUAAAGCAAGCUGCUUCAUUGAUUUCUCUCAGCAGGAUGUAGGAAAUUCAACUAACCAUUGGUUUUUGAGUGUUUCAGCUGGAAGCAAAUCAGCUAAAGCACUCUGGUGUGGUUUCAGCUGGUUUGUUACUGCCUUGAAUUGGGAAGAGGCCAUGCUCACAAGAGUCAACUCGAUAACUGGGGUGCCAUAUAAAGAUGAUCCCACCAUUUUUGCAUGGGAGCUAAUGAACGAGCCUCGUUGCCAAAGUGACCUAUCUGGACGAGCUAUUCAGGAGUGGAUUGUAGAAAUGACGGCCGAAGUUAAAUCCUAUGAUAAAAAUCAUCUUCUGGAAGUUGGGCUUGAAGGAUUUUAUGGGGAAUCGAUGCCCGAAAAGAAACAAUACAAUCCAGGCUACCAAGUUGGGACGGACUUCAUUUCCAAUAAUUGGAUCCCUGGAGUCGAUUUUGCUACAAUUCAUCUCUACCCGGACCAAUGGAUGCCUGGUUCAAAUGAUCAAGCCCAAGCUAAUUUUGUGGAUAGGUGGAUCCAAGCCCAUAUCCUAGACUCCAAAUCAGUGCUUGGGAAACCACUCCUGGUGACUGAGUUCGGCAAGUCUUCGAGGUCAGCUGGGUACAGUGUGGGUGCGAGGGACUCCUAUUUUGGGAACAUAUAUAACACAAUCUACAGUUGUGCAAGAACAAGUGACGGCCCAUGUGCUGGUGAGCUGUUUUGGCAACUCAUGGCCCAAGGAAUGGACAACUUUAGCGAUGGUUAUGAGGUUGUCUUGGAACAGAGCCCUUCAAGUGCUGCAAUCAUUGCUCAACAAUCUCACAGGCUGUCUGCUCUUAGCUAGACUUCAUAAUCUGCCCAGAAAAUAAGGAAAGCAUUAAAUGUAUUUAAUGAUGUCAAAAAUCAGAGAAUAAUGAUAACAAUAAUAGUUGGUAUGCGCAGGCCUAUAAUGUUAG